AUGACGACUUCACAAUCAGGAAAGGGCACAAAGACCGUGUUCACGUUGAACACUGGUGCUAAGAUGCCCGGCGUUGGACUCGGUACCUGGCAAUCCAAACCCAACGAAGUUCGCGAGGCCGUCAAGAACGCUCUGCAAAUUGGCUACCGCCACAUCGACACCGCUCUUGCAUACGGUAACGAAGCAGAAGUCGGCCAGGGGAUCAUCGACUCCGGCGUUCCCCGCGAAGAGAUCUGGAUCACGACCAAACUCGACAAUCCCUGGCACAAGCGUGUCAACGAAGGUAUCGAGUCCUCUUUGAGAGACCUGAAGACGGACUAUGUCGAUCUCUACCUCAUGCACUGGCCCAGCUCCACUGUGCCGGAGGAUUUGAAGAAACACUAUGAUGACUGGAACUUCAUCGACACUUGGCGCGAGAUGCAGAAACUUGUUGGCACUGGCAAAGUUCGAAAUAUCGGAGUGUCCAACUUUGUCAUCUCCAACCUCGAGAAGCUUCUGAAUGCACCCUCAACGAAGAUUGUGCCUGCUGUCAAUCAGAUUGAACUUCACCCUAACAUGCCUUCACCAAAGACUCUGGCGUACUGCAAAGAGAAGGGAAUUCACGUCACCGCAUACUCGUGCUUGGGCUCGACGGACUCACCUCUAGCCCACGACCAGACUCUUCAAAAAAUUGCGGAUGCACACGGCAAAACUCCUCAGCAGGUGCUGUUGAUGUGGGGGCUUCAGAGAGGCACCAGCGUCAUCCCGAAAUCUGUUACCAAGUCGCGCAUUGAGGCAAACUUCCAACUGGACGGAUGGGAAUUGACACAAGAGGAGAUGGACACUUUGAGCAACAUCAAGACUCGCUUCAAGGAGAUUGCGCUGCUCCUUGGAUUCAAAGCACAGCUUCUUUGCGAGCUGGGAAUGACGUCGGGCAAUAUUGAAGACCCGGAUAUGGGUGGAACAAACGGAGAGAGCGAACAAUCGACUGGAGCGGCGAAUGAUGCCAUCCCUCGACCAAAGAGGAUUGCCUGCAUAUUGUGCCGCAAAAGGAAACUGAAAUGUGACUCAAACAAACCGAGCUGCGGGACAUGUUCGCGCUUAAAUCAUCACUGUGAAUACUCCGAAGAACGGAAAAAGAGCGGUCCCAAGAGAGGAUAUGUCAAACUUCUGGAAGCGCGACUCAAGCAAGUUGAAAACUUGCUGGAAACAAGAGAUGCGACGAAUGAAGCGACUACCCACACGACCCAGCCCACAACAACAGCGGACUCAUUUGCCCCUAUGCCUUCUCUAGAUAUCCGCGAUGGUCUCGAUACUUCAAUGUCUGGAAUGAUGGCAGACAACAGAUUUACUGAUCCAACUCUGACCGGGAUGCCGGAUUUCACCAUGAACUCCAACGACGAUUUCUCUUGGGAGAUGAUAGGUCUUGGUCUUGAAGAAGCUUUACCCGCACGAGAGGUGAUAGAUGAGAUGAAUGAGAUAUAUUUCGAAAAAAUUCAUCCGUCCUUGCCCAUGAUCCACAAAGGCCGUUUUCUGGCUUCAAUGGACCUCGCGCCUCAUAUGCGCCCCGCGGUGUGCCUAAGAUAUGCUAUGUGGACCCAUGCUUGUGCCAUCACCUCCAAAUAUUCAGCUUACACCGAACACUUUUACGCCAGGGCUCGGAAGUACGCAGAAAUGGACGAGAUGAGAGGACACGGUGAGGGAAUGAUCACAAUCGCUCAUUCUCAGUGCUGGACGUUGCUUGCCUGCUACGAGUUUCGGGUAAUGUACUUCCCGAGGGCGUGGAUGAGCAUCGGCAGAGCUGCACGACUGGCGCAAAUGAUGGGUCUACAUCGACAAGAUCGUGUUGGUCUUGACGUGAAACAAACAUUGCCACCUCCUCGAGACUGGACCGAUCGCGAAGAACGGCGGCGCACCUUCUGGAUGGCGUACUGUCAGGACAGAUACGCCAGCAUCGGUACUGGCUGGCCAAUGGUCAUUGACGAGAGAGACAUUCUCACAAAUCUACCGGCUAGCGAGGAAGCCUUUAAUAAAUGUCAACCAGAGCCUACACUACAAUUAUCCGAUAUCCUGAACGGGGAUGGGGCGUCUUCGCUCUCUUCAUUUGGCGGUGUCAUUCUUUUGUCAACAAUAUUCGGGAGAAACCUUACCCAUCUCCAUCGACCGUCGGAACAAGACAAUGACCAUGAUUUGAACGGUGGAUUCUGGAAGCGCCACCGGUCUUUGGACAAUAUUCUUCUCAACACGGCCUUGUCACUCCCUCCACCUCUCCGCCUCCCAGCAGGUCUCAAUGAUCCGAACACCGUCUUUCUCAACAUGAAUAUCCAUACAGCGACUAUAUGUUUGCACCAAGCAGCCAUAUUCAAAGCUGAUAAAAAUCGAUUGCCAGCCCAGAUCAGUGCCGAAUCCAAACGUCGAUGUAUCGUCGCAGCGGACCAAAUCACGAACGUUAUGAAAAUGAUCAGUCACAUGGACAUGUCGAUGAUGAAUCCUUUCCUCGCGUUUUGUCUAUAUGUGGCUGCCCGAGUGUUUGUGCAAUAUCUCAAAUCGAGACGAGAAGAUGCUGCAGUCAAAUCCUCCCUGCACUUUCUACUCGCCGCGAUGCAAGUCCUGAAAACCAAGAAUCCGCUCACUGAGUCAUUCUUGGUGCAGCUCGAUGUUGACCUCGAAGGUAGUGGCUUGGAUAUCCCGACCAGCUAUUCGCGAUGGAAAUUCGGGCAUCGCCCACCAGGUGAAAGUCCUGCUAACACGGAUGCUUUGAAAUGUUCUCCCCUCUUCGAAAUUCGAGAGACUCAAGGACGAGAAACAAUUGGAGCAGUCCAAGGGGCCAACACCCAGGGCAUACAACCCCCUUGGCCCGGUGAUGCCAAUGUUACCUCCGCGACCAGCAGCUACCCAAGUUUAUAUGCGACGGAAGGGUUGGGCACCAAUUCACAGAUGGGCCAGACAAUCCCCCCAGCAGGCGAUGGAUUGGAGAAUAGUUAUGGCUUUCCAAUCCAGUCGGUGGGAACAGACACUUCGCCAGACACUUCGCACCAGGAUGGGAAUGGCUCACGACCGCAUUCUAAUCACCCAACACCUUCAACGUUGUCAAACCCGAACUCAUCGCAUACAUCGUACACUUCGCCGCCGAAUUUAUCCAGCAGCGGAAACACUACGAGUAGUGGGCAAGGGCAACCUUCCCCAGGCUAUGUGUUUCCAGGUGGCGCGCAGUCUUCGUGGACCAUGAAUAUAUCAACUCAAUCUGGGCAGGAUGCAUCACCACAGCAAAGCGGUAUGAACUUUGGCUCUACCGGGAUGACCCCCGGCCCUACAGGACUGACCCCUAUGGCCGACUCGCUUUGGGCAACGGAAGGAAUGCCAGAUGGGAAUGAAUGGAUGUUUGCAUGGGCCGGUUCGACGCCGCAGCCACAGUGA